GCCUUGAAUAGCAAACCCAACUCAACACCCUUGACACCAUGAGAUACUACGGCAACUACUAUGGAGGCCUGGGCUGCGGCUGUGGAGGCUUCGGUGGCCUGGGCUGUGGCUCUGGCUGGGGAUGUGGCAGCUUCCGCAGACUGGGCUGCGGCUGGGGCUGGGGAGGCCUCAGACAUGGCUCCUGCCGCCCACUGUGCUACGGCGGAUAUGGGUUCUCUAGCUUCUGCUGAAAACAUUGUUGAAAUUGGAAGCAAAGGGAAAGCCUCCAAAUUUAUUUGGUCGUAUUUUUGUGCUUUGAUUUCCAAAGCAUCUGUCCUAUAUCCUCCAGGACCAAGUGAUAGCUAUGUGUCAACGGUCAAACUGUUUCUACAAAUAUUUGGUGUCUUUUUCCCUCCAGAACCCCUCAUCUUAAAUGUAUAUUCAAUAUAUAAAACUGCCCCUUGUUUGAUGUCCUCAUGUUGGUUUACUUUUCUAGCCACGAUUGCCUUAAUGUUAUCUUUCUAGAAGAUCUUGAAGAAAAUUUGCGUUUUGCUAUUGUCUAAUAAAAUGAUUACUCAAAAUAUAAA